AUGCAGACCAUCAAGAACACAAUUGCCGAGAACUUCGGUGGGCCGUCUCAUGAGCUCGCCGAGCACAAGUUCAGUUUAGAGGAGGUUCCCGAUCUUAGUGGCAAGGUAGCGGUGGUGACGGGCGGCAAUGAAGGCAUCGGCUUCGGCUGCACCCACACCCUCCUAUCGAAGAACAUUGCCAAGCUGUUCGUCACAUCGCUCCGCAAGGAGGUCGUCGACGAAGCCCUCGCGGCCAUCGAGGAGGAGUUCGGCCCGGAGAAGCGCAAGCGCUUCAUCUGGCUGCAGAGCGACCUGUCGGACUGGGAGCAGACGGCGCAUGUGGCGGGGGAGAUCGCCUCGCAGACGGACCGGAUCGACAUCCUGAUCAACAACGCGGGGCGGGGCAUCAUGACCCGGCAGCUGGCGCCGACCAACGGGAUCGACCAGCACAUGGCGACGAACCACAUGGGCCACGUCGUGCUGACCUCGCACCUGCUGCCGACGCUGAAGAAGACGGCCGACGCCGGCAAUACGGUCCGCAUCGUCAACCUCUCCUCCAACGUGCACAGCAGCGCGCCCGCCGACACCGAGUUCGCCUCCGUUGAGGAGCUGAACCGCGAGUACGACCCCAACGCCCUGUACGGCCGCAGCAAGCUGGCCAACCUCCUGCACGCCAAGUGGCUGAACCAGCAUCUCAAAUCCACGCACCCCAAUAUCAUCGUCAACGCGACGCACCCGGGCAUCGUGGACACGGCGCAGACGAAUGUCCAUAUUCACGAGGCGUACCCGCUGCUAGGCUUCGGCAUGUCGAUCGGGCUGAAGCCGUUCCGCAAGACGCAGUUCCAGGGCGCCGUGUCGACCAUGUACGCGGCCACCGUCGCGACGGAGGGCGGGCAGUUCAUCUGUCCGCCGUGCAUCGUGGAGAAAGGCAGCGACAAGGCGAAUGAUAUGCAGCUGGCUGAUAGACUGAUGAAGUUGACGGCGGAGGUUGUCGAGAAUAAAACGCGCUCGGAGAGUAGUGCGAAGGGCUGUCCUUUCAAGGAGGAUUAA